ACAAACCCCAUGGAGUCAAAUCAUGCUUGACCCGAACGAACGCCACUAAAGAAACACAUGUGAGGGGCAAAUGUAAGGUUUUUUUGUUUAUUCUCAUUGCCUCCCUGUUUCCUAUCGACAUGUAGUUUCAUUGACCGUCGUUAACCUCCCUGAAGCUGGACCGUUAGCUUGCUAGGCGAACCUUGAAGUUGAUAAGAUGCUGUUGACAUUACCUCAGAGAGGCGUUCAGUGUCUGACAGCGGUCAGAAAAACCUGGAUCAAACUCCAGCUGAACGCCGCCGUCAGAAGAUGCUGCUCCACGGCUCAUGACGAAGUGAGAGUCAGGUUUGCACCCAGUCCGACAGGUUUCUUACAUUUGGGAGGUCUUCGAACUGCUCUUUACAAUUACAUUUUUGCCAAGAAGUUUGGAGGCUCGUUCAUCCUGCGGCUGGAGGACACCGAUCAGAGCAGGCUCGUACCAGGAGCUGCAGAGUCCAUAGAGGACAUGCUGGAGUGGGCUGGGAUACCUCCUGAUGAGAGUCCUCGUCGGGGAGGAUCUGUUGGUCCAUACCUGCAGUCUCAGAGACUUGACCUCUACAGGCAGACAGCCCAGCGGCUGCUGGACGGUGGACACGCCUAUUACUGUUUCUGCAGCCCACAGAGACUUGAGCUGCUGAAAAAGGAGGCCUUAAGGAGCGGACAGACACCCAGGUAUGAUAACAGGUGUCGUCAUCUUAAGGCCCAGCAGGUCCAAGAAAAACUGGAUCAAGGAGUCCCACAUGUGAUUAGGUUUCGUCUGGAGGAAGGUGUGGAGCCUUUCCAGGAUAUGAUCUUUGGUCGGAAUCAUCAUGAGGUGGCCCAGGUGGAAGGAGACCCUGUGGUGAUAAAAGCAGAUGGGUUUCCCACCUAUCACCUCGCCAACAUAGUAGACGAUCACUACAUGAGGAUCAGCCAUGUACUGCGGGGUUCUGAGUGGCUCAUCUCCACCUCCAAACAUCUCCUCAUGUACCGUGCUCUUGGUUGGAAACCGCCAACCUUUGGACAUCUGCCACUUUUGAUGAACAAAGACGGCAGUAAACUGUCCAAAAGGCAGGGCGAUAUAUUCAUUCAGAACUUCCAGAGAGAUGGAGUCCUGCCAGAGGCUCUGCUGGACAUCACAACAAACUGUGGAUCUGGAUUCAACACCAAUCAGAUGGGUAGAAGGAUGGAUGAACUAAUCGCAGAGUUUAAUCCAUCAAAAAUCACAACACAUUCUGCUCUGGUAGACCUUGAAAAACUGCCAGAGUUCAACAAGAUACACUUGCAACAGCGUAUUGAGGAUGACAAGCAAUGCAGUUUGCUGAUUAAAGAUCUGCAGGGACAGAUCCAACAGACCUUUGCAGAAGAAAUCCAGGAUAAAGAGGUUCUUCAGGAGGAUUAUAUCAGACGUGUGCUGCAUUUUCGAAAGGGUCACAUUUCCUUCCUGAAGGAGCUGGUAAACCCUACACACUCCUACCUGUGGGUCCGUCCUUCCCUCUCUAGCCAGCAGGUGGCAGCACUCACCGCUGAGGCUCAGCACAUCGCUUCAUUAGUUCUUAAAUUAAUAUCUGAGCAAGGCAAGCAGCUGUCAGUGGAUCGCCUCAGUAAAGAUCUGAAGACUCUAGCUAAACAGACUAAAACCACCAAGUACAGGGAGGUGAUGAAGCUGCUACGCCUGGCUCUCAGUGGUCUGCAGCAGGGGCCAAGUGUCGCGGAGAUGAUGGUGUCUUUGGGGCCUGCAGAGGUCAGCCAUCGAUUCCAGAAACUUCUGCUGCUCUAAGAGUCGAGUUAAAGACUUCAGAGUCUGCUGGGAGCCUGCAGGGAGAUCUAUUUCCUGUUUGUUGGACAUGAAUGCUUGGGCACAUUUGAAAUGAACUGCUUAUAACUUAAAAGUACUUGAAUUAUAAAGCUUAUUUUAUAUGAAAACAUCUGUUUGUUUGAUUUAUUUCUGUGGCAGGAGCAGGUGGCCCAGCUAAAGAUGGUAAGUACCUUGGAGUUUUUAUGCAAAUGUUGAUGUGCCUUUUCCUGAAAGCACCUUUAAGCAUGCUUAAACACAUGGAUUUAUAAACAUUUGCAUUGAAAACUAGAAAGGAAACUUAAACUACAUUUUAUUUUAUUCAAAAAUGGAAAAUAAUUACCUGUGAUUCAUUUACAAAACAUGAAGUGUAUUAUUUUGAUUGUAGCUCUUUGAAAUACAACACUGGAUAGCUUUUAGCUGUCAUGGAUACUGUUUUGAGGUUUGAAUGCAUUCAUUUUGGUUCCAUACCAGGCUAGAGGAAUGAGGUUUUCAGGUUUAAUGCCAUAAAUAAUCUAAAACAAAGCUGCCAUUAUCACAGAGUAGGAAAUACACAUACACUUGUAUGUAAUAAAUAUUUUAUUUGCAGGUAAUUAGAAGCUACAGAUGGCUGUGAAUGUUUCCUUCAACAAUUUAACUCCUAAACUAAGAGCAAUUUAAAAAUGAACCAAAAUGCAAAUUUAAUAUAGUUAAAUAACAAGCAAAUACUAUGUUCAUUACAUUGAUAAAUAAGCUUAUGUUGGAUUUUAUUCUGUUAAGGUCAAGCAUAU